AUGAAGUGCUCACUUAUAAUGGGGUGUCGGAUUCGGACAUGGCCCCAAACGUUUGUGGAGGGCGUCAAAGUGAUGGUCGUCGGGAAAUUACGCUCCUUAAGUGAUAGAUAUGGUAUAAUGUCAUACAGUAUAAGGGAAGUUAUUGAUGACAAGGAAUAUCGCGCAUUUAAACUUGAAGCGAAGAUUGCGAAGUUAUAUUUUGAAAAGAAUGUGCCGUCAAUCUUGCGCUCUGGCAUGGGCCAAGCAAUUGCCGGAUGUGUUGCUGGAGCUCCUGCAGAUGCAACUCCUGCUGCUGCUCAAGCAGAAGUAAUGAACGUGUUCGGCACACAGCCUUCCCGAAUAUAUGGAUCUACAGCCGGAGCCGCGACAUCAUACUCCCGAGGGCAUAACCUUGGAUGGUCAGAGAGGCAAGGUUGA